GUCAGGAGGAUUUUUUUAAAUCAAAAAUGAGCUCCAAAUGUUGAACUCUGACUUUCUUUUAAAAGUUGCCAUUGACAUUGGCUAAUGCAACAAAUUCUAUGAUGUCAAGCAUGAUAAAGGGUUUUCUAUGCCUGGAAAACCCAAAUCCAUACCAUAGCAGCCUACAGGAAAGAUAAAGACUGUUUUGUUUUGUUUUGUUUUGUUUUUUGUUUUUUGUUUUUCAGAAAAUAAGUACCAAGUGUCAUAAUCACUGCACAGUGCACAGACUUACAGCACAAUUAAUUCUGGGAAAGUGAGUGUCUUCCUGCAUGUUGAACAGCAUUGCAUUUACCACCAAUCUAUGAAAAACUUCAGUUUACGGUUUUAAAUUAUGAACUUUGCCACAGAUUGCUCAACAUAAAGGUACAGAAAUGUUUUGCAUCACUUGCAAUUAGUUAAGUUUGAUUUAGGCUAAAACAAUUUGACAUUUUGACAUUUUUGACAUUUUAAAAGUAGUUCACCUGUGCAGACCAUGUGGCAUCCUUCACGGCUGAACGCUGAAGUGAAUAUGGUCAAUAUUCUUUAAGACGUAUUUCUUAUAGAUUGUACUGAAGUUAAGGGGGGAACCACAUUUCUAUAGAAAUAAUAUAGUCAAUACAUUUUUCAACUAGGCACUUUUCAAGUUAGGGCCUUAGUAAUUUGCCAAAAACAUACAUACAUACAUUUCUUACAUACAUUUCAUUGCUUUUCAUUUCUUCGACUUAUGUCUGUCCGAACUAAUAUUAAAUGUUUCCCAACAAACUAAAUGCCAUUUUAUGUUUUGUGGGGAGAAGUAGAAAAAAGAAGAAGAAAAUGUUUUGACUUUAAAUUACUAUAAAUGGGUUAUAUAGCACAUGCGUUUUGCUUCAAACAAGUGAAUCCUGUUGGAUUAUUAUUUUUGGAGCAUGUGGUAAAGUUAAAGUAUACUGUAUAAUGUACAGAAUGUAUAAAGGCUGUUAAGGCUUUGCUGCAGGUGAUUCAUUGGUUUUAAAAAAGCAGCAACAAUCAGUUUAUCCAUCUAAUCAAUGCACAGUGUCAGAAAUUGCAUUCAACUGUUCUUCAUUUUCUUCUCAUCCUAGUUUUAUGUUUUUCUGGACAGUUGGUAGAAUCCUUUGCACACUGUUAUUUUUGCACUACAUUCUGCAGCUGGUUUAUAUUCAUUUGUGGUGUCUUGUAAACCCUUGCUGGCUGGGCAUAAUUCUAUGGAGGACAUAUUAAUGUUUAAGGCAAGGCAAAUUCAUUAACAUAGCACAUUUCAUACCCAUAGUGCUUUACAGAGCACACAGGCAAAAGCACAAAAAACAAAUGAUAAAAACAAUAAAAGCACUCGAGCAAAAGGACACAGAAUAAAAACGAUAAACAAACAAGCAAAUAAUUUUGAUCAAAAACUCAUCAUAACAUGAAUUUAGAUUUAAUUGACUUGAUUUGGAUACAGUUUGAUUUUUGAGGUGAUGAUUCUGAAACAUUUCGACAAAGUGAAGUUAACUCAUGUUGGAUUAUUGCAUUUGGACAGUCAACAGAUGCUGGAACAAAGUGACAGGACUGUGAAAAAAUUGCAGGUCAGGACAUGAUGACAUUGGAACCUGUUUUGCACAAGUUUGUGCAAUCCACAUAAAGUAUUCUAUAAUAGCAUUUGCAUAAUAAUAUUUGUCUUCACAAUAAUGUUUUUCUAUUGUAAUUGUUUGCUUGUUUAAAUCAUUGGCAGCGUCAGAACCAUUUAAUGAAUGAUAGGACAAUAAUAAAAUUGUAGAUAUUGCUUUGUAGUGAAAUGUAUGAGAGCUACAAUAUUUUUUAGGAGAAUGUAAUAUUUUAAUGUACAACACUGUUAAAUGUUGAAUUAUUUUUUAAAUACAAGUAGCAUUGCAGUUCAUCUUGUGUGAAAUGUGUAAUGUCACAAGAGAAAAAACUUUUUUGGGACAUCGGGCUGUUUGUGCCACUGAAGUCAGGAGUCAGGUUAAGAUAACUUGUUACAUCUGUGACAUUUUUUAUUACUCUGUUUGUCUAAUCUUCGUGGUCAGGGCAAGGUAACAUCAAUGACAAUGAAAGGCUGAUGCUUGGUUAAUGAUCCAUUUUGAUGGGCACGCAGUCAGCAAAAACUGGCUUUAAAUAGGAGACAUCUGGUACAAGUCGAUCACAUUCAGCAGCCAUGAGGGUGCUUGUACUCGCUCUCACUGUGGCCCUUGCAGGUGAGUCUUUAAACUGCUUUUAUCACUUUGGAUGCAAUUUAAAUUAAUUAUCUGAAAACUUUGCUUAGUUUAGUAUCACUAUUAUGAAGCAUAUAGGGUAACACUUCUCAACAGUUUUACUAUGACAAAAAUAUUCAAAGAAAAUUAUGAUAAAAGACAGAAAAAUCAUGAUGCAAAAGAACUGCUAUUGCAUUUUCUGGCAGUGUAAAGUCACUGCUUAUAUCAAACUUAGCAUAGAAAAUAGACAGUUCUUUAGUUUCUCUUGCCAAUAAUAUGCAGCAGUUUUUAAAAUGAUGAGAAGAUGGGAUACAUUUCAAUUUUUCAAAUUUAUAGUUUUACUUCUUUUUCAUGUAUUUUAUUUCUCUCUCAUGAACACCAAAAUAACAUUUUAUUCCUUUUUUUUAGCUGGCUACCAGGUCAGCUUUGGUAAGUUUUUUAUUUUGUUACAUACUGUCAAAAAUGUGCAUUGACUUAACAGUUAAACACUUUAAAAAACUUGUAGUGCAUAUAUGGAAAGUUGUUUUCACACCAUACUUUCCUGUCUUAGUUUAGUUUUUUUAUUGAGGUUUUUAUUAAAGAUUAUUUUCUUGUUUAUUAUUGCAGCCCCAGAAUUUGCUACUGGAAAGACUUACGUGUACAAAUAUGAAGCACUUCUGAUGGGCGGCCUGCCUGAGGAGGGUCUGGCACGGGCCGGAGUGAAAGUGACAAGCAAAGUCCUGAUCAGUGCAGCGGCUGCCGACACCUUCAUGCUGAAGCUUGUAGACCCUCAAAUCUUUGAGUACAGUGGCAUCUGGCCCAAAGAUGCUUUCAUCCCAGCCACCAAGCUCACCUCAGCCCUGGCUGCUCAGCUCCUGACACCCAUCAAGUUUGAGUAUGCCAAUGGUGUCGUCGGCAAAGUAUUCGCACCCGCUAGCGUCACUGCAACUGUGCUGAAUGUCUACAGGGGAAUCCUCAACAUCUUCCAGAUGAACAUCAAGAAGACACAGAGCGUCUAUGACCUCCAGGAGCCUGGAGCUCAGGGUGUGUGCAAGACCCACUACGCCAUCAGUGAGGACGCAAAGGCUGACCGCAUCACUGUGACCAAGACCAAGGACCUGAACCACUGCCAGGAGAGAAUCAUUAAGGACAUCGGCUUGGCUUACACAGAGAGAUGUGUUGAGUGUGAGGCUAGCGGAAAUACCCUGAAGGGAACUGUAGCCUUUGACUACAUCAUGAAGCCUUUGGCCACAGGUUCUCUGAUCUUGGAGGCAACUGCUACAGAGGUCAUCCAGUUCUCACCUUUCAACAUCUUGAACGGCGCCGCCCAGAUGGAGGCUAAGCAAACCUUGACCUUCCUGGAGAUCGAGAGGGUCCCUGUGGAGCCCAUCAGAGCUGACUAUCUUCACCAUGGAUCCCUGCAGUACGAGUUUGGCAGUGAGCUUCUCCAGACACCCAUCCAGCUUCUGAAGAUUAGCAAUGUUGAGGCUCAGAUUAUUGAGAUUCUGAACCACCUGGUGGCCUUCAAUGUAGCCAAGGUCCAUGAAGAUGCACCUCUGAAGUUUAUUGAGCUUGUCCAGUUAAUGCGUGAGGCCAGAUUUGAAAUUAUUGAGGCCCUCUGGAGUCAGUACAAAGUUAGAUCUGAUUACAGGCACUGGAUCCUGAAUGCCAUCCCUGCCAUUGGUUCUCAUGUUGCUCUGAGGUUCAUCAAGGAGAAGUUCCUUGCUGGUGAGCUGACUAUUGCUGAAGCUGCUCAAGCUCUGCUGGCAUCUGUGCACAUGGUGACAGCUGACCGGGAAGCCAUCAAGCUUGUUGAGGGCCUGACUAUGAACCACAAGAUUCAAGAAAACCCAGUCCUGCGUGAGAUUGUCAUGCUGGGCUACGGCACCCUGGUUGCUAAAUACUGCGCAGAGAACCCAACUUGCCCAGCUGAUUUUGUGAGGCCCAUCCAUGAACUCCUUGUCCAGGCUGUUGCCAGUGGUGAUAUUAAGGAACUCACUGUUGUUCUCAAAGUUCUGGGUAACGCUGGACAUCCUGCCAGCCUCAAGCCAAUCACAAAGCUCCUGCCUGGCUUUGGCAGUGCUGCUGCUAAUCUGCCACAUAGAGUUCACAUUGAUGCUGUUCUGGCCCUGAGGAACAUUGCAAAGAAGGAGCCCAAGAGGAUCCAGGAAAUGGCUCUUCAGCUGUUCAUGGAUAAGGCUCUCCAACCAGAAGAACGUAUGGUUGCUGCUAUCGUGUUGUUUGAGACCAAACCGCCUACGGGUCUGGUGACUACCCUUGCCGACAAACUCUUGAAAGAAACAAACCUGCAGGUCGCUAGCUUUGUCUACUCUUACAUGAAGGCCAUGACGAAGAACACUGCCCCUGACUUUUCUUCUGUUGCUGCCGCCUGUAAUGUUGCUGUGAAGAUCCUCAGCCCCAAAUUCGACAGACUGAGCUACCGCUUCAGCAGAGCUCUCUAUUCUGAUGCCUACUACAGCUCCUGGAUGAUGGGUGCUGCUGCCAGUGCCUUCUAUGUCAAUGAUGCUGCGACUAUUUUGCCAAGAGCCAUUGUGGCCAAAGCUCGCACCUACCUGGCAGGAGCUUAUGCUGAUGUCCUUGAGCUUGGAGUGAGAACUGAGGGAAUCCAGGAGGCCGCUCUGAAAAUCCCCAAGGCUCCUGAGAAUGCUGAAAGGAUCACCAAGAUGAAACAAGUUAUGAAGGCUCUCUCUGAGUGGAAGGCUAAUCCUUUAAGCCAGCCCCUGGCCUCUGUGUACGUGAAAUUCUUCGGACAGGAAAUUGCAUUUGCCAACAUUGACAAAGCCAUUGUUGACCAGAUUAUUGAGCUUGCCUCCGGAUCUGAAAUUCACAAUUAUGGAAGGAAGGUUAUGGAUGCUCUGCUGUCUGGUGUGGCAGCUCAUUAUGUUAAGCCAAUACUGGUUGCUGAGGUUCGUCGCAUCCUACCCACUGCUGUUGGUCUGCCAAUGGAGCUCAGUUUCUAUACUGCUGCUGUGGCUGCUGCAUCUGUUGAAUUCAAAGCCUCUGUGACACCACCUCUUCCUGCGAACUUCCACGCUUCUCAGCUUCUUAAGUCUGAUAUCAGCCUGAGUGCUGCAAUUUCUCCAAGUGUUUCCAUGCACACCUAUGCAGUUAUGGGUGUGAAUACUGCUUUGAUCCAGGCUUCCCUGCUGUCAAGAGCCAGAGUUCACACAAUUGUUCCUGCACAAAUGGAAGCAAGAAUUGAUAUGAUUAAGGGCAACUUCAAGCUCCAGUUCCUGCCUGUUCAGGGCGUCGAUAAGAUUGCAUCUGCACUUGUUGAGACUUUUGCUGUCGCAAGAAAUGUGGAAGACCUCGCAGCUGCCAAGAUAACACCAAUGAUUCCAGCUGAAGCUGUGGCUCAGCUGUCAAGGGAGACCUUCUCUUCAAGGAUUUCUAGGAUGGCAUCCACUGUGAUCGGUAGCAUGUCAGCAUCAUCUGAAAUCCUUCCUGUUGAGGUGCCAAGCAAACUUGCCAACAAGGUGAAACUCCCCAGGGCCUUUGAGAAGAAAAUGUGUGCUGCAUUUGAAACCUUUGGAAUCAAGGCAUGCACUGAGAUUGAAUCUCGCAACGCUGCUUUCAUCAAAGACUGUCCACUCUAUGCCAUAAUUGGAAAACAUGCUAUCCUGGUUGAGGUUGUUCCAGUUGCUGGACCCGUCAUUGAGAAGAUUGAAAUUGAGAUUCAGGUUGGCGAUAAAGCAGCAGAAAAGAUCAUCAAAGUGAUUAACGUGAGCGAGGAAGAGGAAAUUCUCGAGGACAAGAACGUCCUGAUGAAACUCAAGAAAAUCCUGGUUCCUGGUCUAAAGAACAGAACUUCCUCCAGCUCCAGCAGUUCUCGUUCUCUCAGCUCCCGCUCCAGCAGCUCCCGUUCCAGCAGCUCCCGCUCCAGCCGCUCCAGCUCUGUCAGUUCAAGUGCCUCUUCCUCUGUAUCAUCCAAGUCUUCCUCCAGCUCCUCCUCUCGCCGCAAGAGCAAGAUGGUCGAUGUUGCUGCCCUGGGAAGCAAGGCAUCAAAGAAACUGAGCAGGCAUUCCAGCAGUGCCUCCAGCAGCCAAUCAAGCUCCUCCAGCGCCCGCUCCAAUAGCGCUUCAAGCAGCCGCUCAUCUGUCCUGUCCGGCAGCCACUCUUCCAGCUCUAGCUCCUCCAGGUCCAGCUCCAUGUCAAAGCAAGAGCUGUAUGACAUGACGUUCACCAAGAACCACAUCCACCAGCAUGCUAUCUCCACAGCCCGUGACACCAGUGGGAGCAGCGCCUACAGCUUCGAAGCCAUCUACAAUAAAGCCAAGUACCUCGCCAGUACUGUCACUCCUGCUGUGGUCAUUCUCAUCCGCGCUGUUAGAGCCGACCACAAGGUUCAGGGAUACCAGAUCGCAGCUUACUUUGACAAAUCAACCACCAGACUGCAGGUCAUUUUCGCCAACCUGGCAGAGAGUGACCACUGGAGAAUCUGUGCUGAUGGUGUGAUGCUGAGCAACCACAAGCUGAUGGCCCAUAUUGGCUGGGGAAUGGAAUGCAAUCAAUACAAGACUGAGAUCACAGCUGAAACUGGUCUUGUGGCUCAAGCACCUGCAUUCCGCCUGAAGCUGACCUGGGACCAUCUUCCAAAACCCAUGAGGCGCUAUGCAAAGAGGCUGUCUGAGUACAUUUCAGAUAUUGCUCCAGCGACUGGAUUAACUCUGGCAAAGGUCAAGAAUGUUCGUCAUCAGAUCAAACUGACUGUGGCUGCUGCUUCUGAGAAAAGCCUGAAUGUUGUGCUGAAGACACCAAAGAGGACCAUCUACAAACGUGACCUGGGUCUCCCUGUUUAUCUGCCAUUUGGAGACACUGCUGCAGAGCUGGAAGCAUACCAGGACAACAUGCUUGACAAGAUCUCCUACAUGUUCACCAAGGCCCAUGCAGCUAAGUGUGCCAUGAUCAAAGACACACUGAUCACCUUCAACAACAGGAAAUACAAGAACGAAAUGCCCCACUCUUGCUACCAGGUUUUGGCUCAGGAUUGCACCCCAGAACUCAAAUUCAUGGUUCUGCUGAAGAGAGACCAAACACAGGAACAGAACCAAAUCAAUGUGAAGAUUGCAGACAUUGACAUAGACAUGUAUCCGAGGAAUAGUGUUGUCAUGGUGACGGUCAAUGGAAUAGAAAUCCCCAUCAGCAACCUGCCAUACCAGCAUCCAACAGGCAAAAUUCAGAUCAGACAGAAAGGUGAGGGCAUUGCUCUCCAUGCUCCUAGCCAUGGUCUUCAGGAGGUCUACUUUGGACUGAACGCAUUGAAGGUUAAAGUUGUGGACUGGAUGAGGGGACAGACCUGUGGACUCUGUGGAAAGGCUGAUGGGGAAGUCAGAGAGGAGUACCGCACACCCAACGAACGCCUGACCAAGAAUGCAGUCAGCUACGCUCACUCCUGGGUUAUGCCUGGAAAGAGCUGCCGCGACUCCUCUGAGUGCUUAAUGAAGCUUGAAUCUGUGAAGCUGGAAAAGCAAAUGGUCCUCCACGGCGAGGAGUCCAAAUGCUACUCUGUUGAGCCUGUGCUGCGCUGCUUGCCCGGCUGCAUGCCAGUGAGAACCACCACCGUCACUGUCGGCUUCCACUGCCUGCCUGCUGAUUCCUACAUGAAUCGCUCUGAGGGUCUGAGCAACAUCUACCAGAAGAGCGAGGAUGUAACAGAAACAGCCGAAGCCCACCUGGCCUGUCGCUGCCAUGCUCAGUGCGCUUAAUCUCACGGCCUUCAAUCACAUUGUUUUAUUUUCUUUUUUGUUCUUUCAUUGUUAAUCACUCUGAACUGUAAACUUAAAUAAACUAAAGAAGCAUAUGA